GAGAUGGGGAGGAAGAAAGAAGGGAGGAGCUCUGUGACGAAGUGUGAUUACAGAGACGAGCAGAUCAUUCCCCAGUGCCAGAAUGGUUUGCAUUACAGAUGCGAAUCUUGCCAUGAACAGUUCUCCUCUUGGGGUGAACGGGCCCUCCAUAUUUUCCGGUUUCACCACCCGGUACUUACAUCAACGCAAGUUUAUGAAGAUCAAAACUCAAACAGUUUCUCAUGCUCGCAGCAACCUGCAGCAUGUAGUCCCGCACUUCCAGAGAUCACCACCAGGCAAGCAGCGAAAGAGAGACGGAAAUCUGAACUUACCUCCCUUGGCUUUUUAAAUGCCUUUCCUCGUCGUGGGCGGUCUCAAAGAGGUGCUAGCUAUGAGAAUAGAGUUGGCAAGCAAAAACAGAGGCUAGAUACUCAUGUGUUUGAGUUCUACUUGGAGAACUUAUGGAAGAGCUUUUCAGAAGAUAAGAAGACCUCCUUCACAUAUCUUGACUGCUUAUGGUUUUCAUUGUACAAGGAAGAAUCCACCAAAACAAAGGUGUUGACGUGGAUCAAGAAGAAAAACGUUUUCUCGAGAAAAUAUGUUUUUGUUCCCAUUGUUUGUUGGCACCAUUGGAGCCUUCUGAUCUUAUGCCAUUUGGGAGAAAGUCUGGAAUCAAAGACCAGAACACCAUGUAUGCUGCUUCUUGAUUCCCUGGAAAUGACAAAUCCAAAGCGGCUUGAACCUGAUAUACGGAAGUUUUUGCUGGACAUUUAUAGAGCAGAGGAAAGGCCAGAGAGAGAAGAUUUAAUUUUGAAAAUACCCCUUUUGGUGCCUAAGGUGCCGCAGCAGAGAAAUGGCGACGAUUGUGGGAUUUUUGUUCUUUAUUUUAUAAAUUUAUUUAUAGAGGAUGCUCCAGAAAAUUUUAGCAUUUUUGAGGGUUACCCUUACUUUAUGAGGGAUAAUUGGUUUAGUACUACUGAACACUUCGAGAAUUUUUGCAAGGAUGUCCGAUCAUCUUGCUGGUAAAGAAAAAGAAACGGACAUGAGUGGAACCUGUCAUUCAGUUCAUUCUUUAAGGGAGGUAUACCAUUGUUGUUAGGUUCAUCAUGUCCUAACCUUCUUUGC